AUGGGCAUCUUCUCGCGUCGCCGCAAGUCGGACGACACCGCCGUCACGCAAACCGCUCCAGACCUCAGCAAAGAACAAAUUAAGCGCGCAACUCGCACGCGCAAAAUAUGGGCGCUGAUCACAUCCUUCUUCCUCUUCAUCACACUCAUCUUCCUGAUCCUCGUCAAUAUCUCUGGUGUACGCAACAAGGCCGUUAUCAAGGAUUGGUACUUCAUUCGACUCGACCUGAGCCACAUCGUGCCUGCCAGCGUACCGAAUUUCGCUCUUAUCAACACUAUCGCGCAAACGCUGGGACUGCAUGACUUCUAUCAAGUUGGGCUAUGGGGUUUCUGCGAGGGAUACGCGGGUGAGGGCGUGACUUUCUGCAGUGAGCCAAAGACGCUAUACUGGUUCAACCCUGUGCAAAUCCUGCGUAAUGAGCUUCUUGCUGGGGCUUCGAUCAACCUUCCCGCCGACAUCAACGACAUUCUCGACCUUAUCCAUCUCGUCUCCAACUGGAUGUUCGGUCUCUUCCUCACCGCAACGGUCUUGUCUUUCGUCCUCAUCUUCGUCAUGCCCAUCUCCAUCUACACGCGCUGGCUUACCCUCGUCGUCGCAAUCCUCGCCUUCCUCAACGCCCUCUUCGUAACCGUCGCCUCGGUCAUCGCAACCGUCAUGUUCAUCAUCUUCCGCAACACUAUCGGUGGUGUGGCUGAACUGAACAUAUCUGCAGAGAUAGGCACCACCCUCUUCGCCUUCAUGUGGGUGGCAAGUGCCUUCGCCAUCUUUGCAUGGCUAGUACAGAUGGGGCUUUGCUGCUGCUGCGCCUCAAGGAGAGAUGUCAAGAAGGGCAAGAAGAGAGGAAACGAGAAGGCGUACCACAUGGACGCUGCUGGCACAGAGGCAGGCGGCAUCAGGGACACCAACAUGGUCGCCGGCGAAGUGAAUGAGAAGCCACAAAAGAAGAAGUACCAGUUCUGGAAGCGUGGUUAG